AUGGUUGCCUUGCCAAGGACAGGUGUAAGCGAGAAGGAAAAUAAAAAGGUCAUUCAAGCUAUCUCCCUUGUGCCAGCUGCUCUUGUCCUUCUCAGUGGUAGAGGAUGCAGGGCCAGCCUUAUUGGCCAUCCCUUAUUGCCCUUUGAGAAGGUGGUGAUGAGCCAUCUUGUUGAACCAAUGCAGCCCUUCAAUCAUUUUCCUUUUAUCCAUGUUUCAAACAAACUUUCUCUGAACGAAAGCUUACCGGACUUGAAUCCAUGGUGGUACUGCAUUUUGAGGAAUCAUCUUGAGACCAAAGUCCAUACCGAGGCCGCGCCAAGCCAAGAGAAUGCCACAUACUGCCGAAAGAUCACCACGACGGGCCGAAUGUCCGCCACACUGGGCCGGGAGGCUGUCACACCGGGCCACCGAGAGAUCUCCACGUCAGUUCGAGAGACUGCCAUGCUGGGUCCGGAGUCGGAGGCCGGGAGUCCGUGGUCAGGAUUCCAUGAACAUUUGAAAAAACGUUUAGAAGAAUACAUGGCUAGAUUCCCGAAAGUGAGGAUCAUGCGCACCAGGAAGAGGGAAGGCCUGAUCCGAACCAGGUUGCUAGGAGCUUCAGUGGCCAAAGGUGAAGUUUUGACCUUCCUGGAUUCUCACUGUGAGGCCAACGUGAAUUGGUUACCACCAUUACUUGACCAGAUUGCUCAGGACCGCAGGACCAUUGUGUGUCCAAUGAUCGAUGUCAUUGACCACAAUCAUUUCGGCUAUGAGAUGCAAGCUGGAGACGCAAUGAGGGGAGCCUUCGACUGGGAGAUGUACUACAAACGUAUUCCCAUCCCACCUGAGCUCCAGAGGGCUGAUCCCAGUGACCCAUUUGAAUCUCCUGUUAUGGCGGGUGGCUUGUUUGCUGUUGAUCAGCGAUGGUUCUGGGAACUGGGUGGCUAUGAUUCAGGACUGGAAAUCUGGGGAGGAGAACAGUAUGAGAUAUCAUUCAAGGUGUGGAUGUGUGGAGGUCACAUGUACGAUGCUCCUUGUUCCAGGGUGGGACACAUUUACAGAAAGUACGUCCCUUACAAAGUUCCCUCUGGGACCAGUUUGGCAAGGAAUUUGAAGAGAGUGGCAGAGACCUGGAUGGAUGAGUAUGCAGAAUACAUCUAUCAGCGGAGACCUGAGUAUCGGCAUCUCUCCACCGGGGACCUCACCGCCCAGAAAAUGCUACGGAAACAUCUAAAAUGCAAAGACUUCAAGUGGUUCAUGACAGAAGUGGCCUGGGACCUGCCCAAGUACUACCCUCCUGUGGAACCCUUGCCCGCUGCCUGGGGAGAAAUCCGUAAUGUUGCUACAAACCGGUGCGUGGACAGUAAACAUGGAGCAACAGGAGCAGAAUUGAGGUUGGACGUUUGUAUCAAGGACGGCUCGGAACGUACAUGGUCACAUGAGCAGACACAGCAGUUGCAGAUUUUGGCUGGUUAUGCUUCUGUGAAGUGCGCUGAGAGAUCUUAUAAUAUUAAAAGUGCUAUAUGA